CUUCCCUCCUCUUUGUCUAGACCCAUUUCCUCUGGCUCCUGGCUCCUCCCCACUGAGUUAUUGCCAGGUUGGUUUGGUUUCUAGUUCUUUGUUGACUCCUCCCCAGUGCAGAGCACUGCCUGGCUGGUGUGAGAAGCAGCCGUGACCAAGAGGUGGUGGAAGAUGAACGUCAGCGGUGCCCAGCCUGCCUUCAUAAACCCAAGCGUCCCCUUCACUGGGUCCAUCCAUGGGGGCCUCCAGGAGGGACUUCAGAUCACUGUCACCGGGAUUGUGCACCAGUCCAGUGAAACCAGGUUUGCUGUGAACUCUCAGACCAGUUUCAGUGACCAGGACAUUGCCUUCCAAUUCAACCCUCGCUUUGAAGAGGGCGGGUAUGUGGUCUGCAAUACAAGGCAGAGAGGAACCUGGGGGACAGAGGAGAGGAAGAUACAAAUGCCCUUCCAGAGGGGGAAUCCCUUCGAGCUGUGCUUCCUGGUGCAGAGCAAGGAGUUCCAGGUGAUGGUAAAUGGAAACUUCUUCACACAAUACAUACAUCAUGUGCCACCCCACAAGGUGGACGCCAUCUCUGUCACUGGAACUGUGGGACUGACCAACAUCAGGUUCCAGAACACCCGCGUCACCCUUGUCCAGCCUGCCUUCUCUGGGAUGCAAUUUUCCCAGACAGCCUGUUUCCCACCCAAGCCCAAGGGGCAAAAACCAAAACCCCCAGGGUUCUGGCAGGCCAGCACAGUUCCCAUGACUCAAACAGUCACCCAUACCAUGCAGAGUGUGCCUGGACAAAUACUCUCUAACCCUGUGAUCCCACCUGUGAUGUACCCCAGCCCCACCUACCCUUACUUCACAGCCAUCCCUGGUGGGCUGUUCCUGGGCAAGAGCAUCAUCGUGUCAGGCACCGUCCUGCCCAGAGCUGAGAGGUUCCACAUCAACCUGCGCUCUGGGACUGACAUCGUCUUUCACAUGAACCCCCAAUUCAAUGAGAAUGCCGUGGUCCGAAACACGCAGAUCAACAGCUCCUGGGAGGCUGAGGAACAGGGAAUCGCCCAAGCAAUGCCCUUCUCCAAGGGUCAGGGCUUCUUGGUUAGGAUCACAUGUGAAGAUACUGGCUACAAGGUGGCAGUGAAUGGUCAGCACCAGUUUGACUACAACCACCGCCUGAAGGACCUGCCUGCCAUCAACAUCCUGGAAGUGGGAGGUGACAUCCAGCUGACCAGCCUGGACACAGGCAGGAUUCCUGGCCCUGGGGAAUCCGCUGGAGCACAUUGCUGUUAGGAUCCGCUCAACACCUCCACCUUCCC